AUGGUGGGCCGCUUUGAGGACUCUGUGCAGGAUCCGGACCUUAGUGUCUUCGCACCUUGCAGCAGUGAACCAGGAGAGCGCCCUCUGGUGGUAGCCUCCAAACAGUACAACAACGGGAAGUGCUGGUUCCUCAGAGAACGUGCUGCUGCUGAUGCAAUGGGCGAGAAAGGAGAGGGAUAUGGUCUGCAGGCCAGGGAGAGUUUCUGCUCCAAAUUGUGGGCAUUGACUCUGCUUCCCUUCUCCGCUGCUGCCUCUGUGGACUGGCUUGUGGAGGCUCCUCUUUCCUCCUCCCUGAUGAUGCUGAUGGAGCUGCAAGUGAUGAUGAGGCAGAAGAAGUGGCGGAGGGGGAGAUGGAGGAGUAGAAUGAAGGGGAUGAUGAGCAGAGGUGGAGAGGAGGAUGAUGAUGAGGAAGCGGCGAGGCCUGCUGGGGUGACAGAGCAGGAAAGUGCUCACUCUUGCUGUUCGGAACGUCGAGGGUCCGCGGUCCAGAAAAACCCGGCCGUCUUCACCGGACCUCUGAGCGUCGCUGCCCCGCCGGCUCUGCUCCCAAGCAGGGGAAGCUCUCCCUCAGAAAGACGUUCCACCAGGAUCAGUCCGUGCGUCCUCCGGGUUUCGCGAACCGCUCCAAGGCUCCAGCGGGGGACUUCAGACCUAACUCGGCCGCAGCAGCCGCCAUCACAGGGGGGGGACCGCGGGAAGCCGUCGGUCAAACUCAGACGCUCCAGCAGCAGCGACCUACCCCGAGCUUUCCAACCAAACAAACAGAAGCCGCCUCAGACUCAGCCUAACCCCCAGCCUCAGCCCCUGACCUCCGCGUCUCAGACCACCCUGCAACCCGUCAACGAGCGUCCGGCUGGGGAUAAUCCGCGGCCGAUCUCCGGGGUCCAGGCCGGCGAAAGCCGAAGCGAGGGCCGGACGGGUCCGGAGAAACACCCCGACUCGGAGCUUCAGAAUUGGGUUCCAACAACGGAGGCUGCUCUGAAGAAGAGGAAAAGGGGAACCGUCGACUUUAUCGACCUGAGUCAAUUGGAUUUCCUAGAGGGUGGAAAGAACCGCGUCGUCCAAAUAACCUGUGUGAAUGCUGGAGCACAAAAGAUCUUCUUUGGAUCAGGAACCAGAUUAACUGUUGAACACACUCGUCGCCUCUGAGCCUGGGUCCAGUGUGGGUUACACUCCAGGACCGAGGCCUGGACAGCCUCCCACCCGUGACUCACAAAGUGUUGGGUCAAGUACUGCCUUCGCACCUUGCAGCAGUGAACAGGGAGAGCGCCCUCUAGUGGUAGCUUCCAAACAGUAGAACAACAGGAAGUACGGUCAAUCCAGAAUGAUCAUGGCAGCGAACACACCGCCAUGCUCCGCAGCCCAUCAAACACAGCAGAACCAGGUCUAACCAACCCCCAACACUGGCAGGCGGAACGUGAAGCCAACCAGGAAGUAACAAAACAUUGCAGUACCGGCACUGACCAGAAAGGCUGGUGCUAAGAGUGAGCAAAUUCCCAUUGACUCCUAUGUUAAAAUCCUCAUUUUCAGCCCUCUAAUAAACCCCUUUAAUGCCUGGUGCUUUAAGUUUUUAUUGGGGGAUCGCGGCUUUUGAUUGACA